AUGGAAAGUUUGCUUACAAUUGUGUGUUAUAAGGAUGGUGAAAUAAUUGAUGGGCCAAAUGGGGUGUGUUACAGUUGUCCUCCUAAAAAAGUUGUCUUAGUGAACAAUUUGAUCAAAUAUGAUGAGUUGGAGGAUAAGUUGUGUCAUGUUAUGUCGAUCGAUCGCGCUCAUACCAUGUUAUCCAUGAUAUUUCGGUAUCCAAUUCUUAUGUCGAUUGGAAAUGGAAACAUUAACUAUAUACAAUUACCAAUAAAAGAUGAUGAUGAUGUAAGGUUAAUGUUUCAUGUUGUAGCACAAAUCCCACCAUCGAAUACUAUUGAAAUGUAUUUGCAGACACGUCCAAGGGAUCAUUCAUCUGAGUUAAGUCCAUCAUUUGAUCAAGAAAUUAUGGGUCAUGAUGUGGAAAUACCUGCAAAGGGGAAUUCGGCAGUGCAGAUUGAUGAAAUGGAUGAGAAUUUAGCACACAAUGACGAAAUGGGGGGGAAUUUGGCAAUAGUAACUCAGUCAGUCAUGGGAGCGACAAACAAUUAUGUUGACAUCCCAUUUACAAAUGAAAAUGAUGAUGUGGAAUUUUAUGAUGAGGACGAGAUUAAUGAGAUGCAUUAUGAUGAUGAACCUCCAACAAAUAAGGUUUCUUCAGAUGAUGGUGAACAUAUUAUGCCUUCCCCAAUGUUCAAACAAUUGAAUUGGGAUGCAAUAAAUAGCAUGACUGCUGAGCCUCUCACACCACGUACCGGAGUGUGGAAUGAAUCCAAUGAGUUGUUUAAAGGAUUGAGAUUUGAGAGUAAAGAAGACUUGCAAUAUGUUGUAAAACGUUAUGCAAUAUGUCGGAAUCAACAUUUGGUGGUUUGUGAAUCAGAACCACAAUUGUGGGCAGUGAGAUGUAAGAAGUGGCAGGAAGGAUGUAAUUGGAGGCUUUGUGCAUGUCGUCGUAAAAGCCAUGGAAUGUUUGAGAUAACCAAGUACGCAGGUCCUCAUACUUGUGUUUACCCUAAAUUAUCACAAGACCACUCUCAAUUGGACUCUACAUUGAUUGCAAGAGAGAUCCAAAAUGUAGUUUAG